AUGGCCUCUUCGUCGUCGUCGCCGUCGCACUCGCCACGGAUACCGUCGUCGUCGGCGAACACGAUCCCUGUCGUUGGCAAGUCGAUUCUGAAGCGACCGCCACCUCAGCCGCAGUCGCUAUUCUCGCGCAUCAGCAAAUUCCUGCCAACGCAGAGCCAGGCCAACCAGACGCCCGAAGACGACACGAAACCGCUGAAAAGGGCCCAUUUUAUUCUACCAGAAAUCGCCAUUGUCUAUCCAAUCUCGUCGGUGAACCCGCCAUCGACGCCAACGUUGAAGGAUGAGAAACGCGCCAUCGAGGAACGAGAAUUCGAACGACGACGGCGGGUCUUACGAGGGGGCAGCACCGGCAGCCCCGUCGAGCCGGACGCUGAAGAGUUCUGGCCAAUGGACCGGGUCGAUUCGUUCUACCGUGAAUGUUGCCAGGGUUGCGAUGAGGAGCCAGAUCCAGCGAUUAGCGCUGCUCUGAAGCACGCAUCGUCCAGCAGCCCACGAACUGUCGACUUCUCGGGCGUCCAGCUGAACCUCACCAAAGCCUCGAUUUUGUCCGACAUUUUCUCGAUUGAAUGGGGACUCAGAAAAGUAGUCUUUCGAGAAUGCGAUUUGGACGAACAUACCUUGAAAGUGAUUCUACAUUCACUUCUUAUCCCUGGGACUUUGUCGUUCCUUUCUGUCGCUUCGAACAGGCGCCUGAAGACGGCAGCUUUCAGAUUAAUAGGGGCUUAUUUGAAAAAGGCAAAGAGUCUUCAGUUUUUGGACGUCUCUCAGAAUGCCUUGGAUAAGAAGGCAAUUGAAUACAUUGUUGCUGCCCUACCGACAGCACCAGAGCCUGGACUGGUGUCGCUGCGCUUAGACGACUGCUCGUUACGCCCAGCAGCGCUGGAAACCCUUUGUCGUGCCGUACGCACAUCGUCGCUGAAGAACAUUUCUCUCCGACACAACCGUAUAUCUGCGUCAGGUGGUGUCGCCCUUGCCCUUAUGAUCAGGGAUUACCCUGACGUGGUGCCGACUCCUCUCUCUCCUGCACCGUCUAUUGGCGCAACACCCACAUCUUCAACCACAUCGUCGCCAACGACGUCCGUGUCGAAUCUUCCAUUACCAUCACCGAUGACCCCGAGCCAAUCGAGCCCCCUGCCUCGAGCCGGACCAAUCCUUCCACCACCCAAGCAUCCAGUGUCGGUUGGGCUGCAGACGACGUAUACACCUUACGUCCCUCGCUCGCGAAGAGGCCGUGCUACCCCGACGACCGCUACUCAUCCGCUUUCCCCGACCGGCGAGCACGUCCCCAUCAUCACCUCAUCGACGCAGGGUGGCGUCACUGCGCGCCAUCCUGUUCCGGGAAGUCCGUUGACUGCACGUAACCCCGAUGGUACUCUGAGGCCUGAUGCGGGGCCCAGUGCUGCGUUGUUGGACAAAGUCCGUGCGUUGGACUCUUUGCCUCGUUUGGGUGCUUUACGCACGCUCGAUCUUAAGGGUAACGAUUUGCGAAACGGCAUCACAUACCUCGCGCAGGUCUUGAAACGAAAUCGAACUCUCAAGUUACUGAACCUGAGCGAGAACAAGCUCGACGUUCAAUGUCUGGUGACCAUCGCUGAAGCAUUGAAAUACAAUUCGUGCCUAGAGACUCUCGACCUCAACAAGAACCCUUGCUGUGGUCCCAGUUUGGACGGCAUUCAAUCGCUGCGUACGGCGUUUACUCUGAACACAGCGCUGAAGCGCCUCUUCCUCUCCUCGACCGGAAUGACUUCCGCUGGAGCCAUCGCCCUGGCGGAAUUCCUGCCUGAAUCGACGUCACUGCUUCAUCUGGAUCUGACCAACAACAACCUCGACAUUGCAGGUGUCAUGGCGCUCAGCUCGGGCCUCAAGGCUAACCAUGUCAUGCGCUGCCUGGAUCUCACCAUUCCUCCCGGAAACGAGACAUUCGCCAAGGAGUGCAGGGACAUCUUGAACACCUGCAUCCGGAACACCGAGGAGGCUGAGAAGACCAAUGGCCAGGCUCGACCAGGCAAAGGCGUGUGGAACAUGAUUGAGGACAGUGAACUCGCCAAGUCAAUACGACUUGACGAAGAGAAGAAGAGCGAGAACGACAUCAUCCUGCGCGCGCACUCGUGCAUUGACAUCCUCACCAAGGUCACCUCGGAUCCCUCAACCCCGCCACCCGACGGCGAGAGCGUUGCAGACCUCGUCGUUCGGGCCCAAUCGCUGGUUUCCGAGCUUGCGAAUGUGAUCCAGCAAACGGAGGACCCGAUGCAAUUGGAAGAGCAGCUCGAGGUUAACGAUAAGCUUCUUGGGCUGCUUAAAAAGGUCCCUCCCGGCAGUCGACCGAAUUUGACGCUUCACGGACUGGGCUUGAACAUGAAUGGAUCCUCAACUUCAUCGCUGGUGUCGCAGCACAGCUCGAUCAGGAGCAAUGGCCACCUGAAUGGCGCCACUGGGUCUCCCGAAUCGGGCAGCCUGCUGGGCAGUGCGGAUGGUGGAGAUGAGGAGCUGUCGCCUGCGACGCCGAAGGUGGACAAGGGCAAGAGGAGGGCCGAUCCUGAGCCUAUCGAGCACGAGAAGAUUCUGAGCCCCACGUUCUUGAUCACGGAGUCGGAGGAUGAGGAUGAAGAGAGGAGUGGGUACUUGACCCCUCCCGAGAUGAUGGAGGGCGCGCCUUCGCCAACCGAUCGCUCACGAAGCUGGGUAGCGGAAGAAGGCGAGGUGUUCAGGAAGGGACAGAUUCUUCUUGGCCCCGAAGAAAUGGAAGGUGAAUACGCCGGAGAAGAGCUCAGAAGAGAAUUGUUGGAAGCACAGGUGGAACGACCCCCUCCCCGGCCGAUAACGGAUGACUUUGGGAUGGAGAUUAUCGGUGGAAAGGGGCUUGACUUUGAUGAGUUGGGCUCGGCGCCUCCAACACCUGUGAUCAGUGAUCCGCCCAAGCCUGCACCGAGGCCGUACAUCUCGAGACGCUCGUCCAAUUCGUCGAUUCUCAGUCUCAUCUCGUCAUCGGUGCCCGGGUCACCCAAGGUCGAAAACCCCGUGCCAACGCUGCCAGAGCAUCCUGAACGCUAA